AUGAAGUCAAUCGCAAUCCUGUUUCUCUCAUUCCUUGUCUUUGCCGCCAUCACAACCUCUGUGCAUUGCACAACUGACCCACCCAACCCCACUGAACAAGUACGUGACACUGAUGGAAAGCUGGUUCGAGUUGAAACCAGUUAUUACAUUAUUCCAGCGACGAACCAAACUGGGGGUGGUUUGGCAUUACGAAACACAACUCAUAAUGAAUCCUGUCCCCUUGGUAUAUUCCAAGAAGAUGAGGAUAAUGAAAACCAUGGAAUCCCGGUAUCAUUUUACCCCGUCAACCCUAAAAAGGGUGUUAUUCGUGUCUCCACCGAUCUGAACAUUGAGUUCUCCGAAGCUCCUAUUCAGUGUAACAACUCUAACGUUUGGAAGGUUGAUAACUAUAACCGAAACCCUAUAAGAUUCUACAUAUCCCCUAACGGAACUAAGGGGAAUCCCGGGCGUGACACAGUCAAUAGCUGGUUUAAGAUUGAAGAAUUCGAGAGCGGUUAUAAAUUGGUCCAUUGCCCAAGUGUUUUGGACCAUGAUGAUAACGAUGAUGAUGAUGAAGUAUAUGACGAGGAGGAGGAGGACGAAAUCGAAGUGAAGUGCAAAGACGUUGGCCUUGUCAAGUAUAGUGGACAACAACGUUUGGCUUUAAGCGAUACUCCAUUUGGUGUUGUGUUCCAGAAAGCUUAAUUGAAGAUCAGAGAAGAUUAUCU